AUGGGUCAAGGCAAAUCAAAGCUCUCGCACGACGACCUCGUUGCGCUGCAGAAGCAAACCUACUUCAACCGCAAAGAGCUCAAUCAGUGGUACAAGGGCUUCCUCAAGGACUGCCCAAGUGGACAACUCACUAAAGAGGAGUUUCAAAAGAUUUACAAGCAAUUCUUCCCCUUUGGCGACCCGAGCAGUUUUGCGGAUUACGUCUUCAAUGUCUUUGACAAUGACAAGAAUGGAACAAUUGAUUUCAAGGAGUUCAUCUGUGCGCUGUCUGUCACAUCGCGUGGAGAGAUGGAUGAGAAGCUCAUUUGGGCCUUCCAGCUGUAUGAUAUUGACAAUAACGGCUUCAUCACCUACGAUGAGAUGCUGAAGAUUGUCGAAGCCAUCUACAAGAUGGUGGGCAGUAUGGUCAAGCUGCCAGAAGAUGAAGAUACGCCAGAGAAGCGCGUCACCAAGAUCUUUGGCAUGAUGGAUAAGAACAAGGAUGGUGAGUUGACCCUUGAAGAGUUUAGGGAAGGCUCAAAGAGAGACCCGACCAUUUGUGCGGCUCUCAACUUGUACCAGGAUUUGGUCUAG